ACGGCCUCUCUCCUUGGACUUCUGCUGGACACUGGAGGUACCAGAAAGAGGACCAUGGUUGGACAGAAGCCUUCAGAGAUGCCUCCCACAACAGCUGUGAAGUUCCUAGGUGCAGGCACAGCAGCCUGUUUUGCUGACCUCCUCACCUUCCCACUGGACACAGCCAAGGUUCGCCUGCAGAUUCAGGGGGAGAGCCAGGCAGCCCCAGCCACCCGGAGUGUGCAGUAUCGCGGAGUGCUGGGCACCAUCGUGACCAUGAUGCGCACGGAGGGCCCCCGCAGUCCCUACAACGGGCUGGUCGCCGGCCUGCAGCGCCAGAUGAGCUUUGCUUCCAUCCGCAUUGGCCUCUAUGACUCGGUCAAGCAAUUCUACACCCCUAAAGGAUCGGACCAUUCCAGCAUCGCGACCCGGAUCCUGGCAGGAUGCACCACAGGGGCCAUGGCAGUGACCUGUGCACAGCCCACGGAUGUGGUCAAAGUCCGAUUUCAGGCCAGCAUAAAUCUUGGGCCCGGGAGCAACAGAAAAUACAACGGGACUAUGGAUGCCUACAGAACUAUCGCCAAGGAGGAAGGAAUCCGGGGCCUGUGGAAGGGAACUUUCCCCAACAUCACAAGGAAUGCCAUUGUCAACUGUGCUGAGAUGGUGACCUAUGACAUCAUCAAGGAGAAGCUGCUAGACCAUCAACUGCUGACCGACAACUUCCCCUGCCAUUUUGUCUCUGCCUUUGGAGCUGGCUUCUGUGCCACAGUGGUGGCUUCCCCAGUGGACGUGGUGAAGACGCGCUAUAUGAACUCGCCCCCGGGCCGCUACCUCAGCCCCCUGGACUGUGUGGUGAUGAUGGUGGCCCAGGAGGGUCCCACGGCCUUCUACAAGGGAUUUACACCCUCUUUUUUGCGUUUGGGAGCCUGGAAUGUGAUGAUGUUUGUUACCUAUGAGCAGCUGAAACGGGCCUUGAUGAAAGUCCAGAUGUUACGGGAGUCUCCGUUCUGAACAAGACAAGGAGGCCAACCGGGCACUUACCUGCUGUGACGCCAGUUAAG